AUGGCCAAGUCCCGGUUUGAGUACGUCAGAGAUUUUGAAAUACAGGACGUUCUGCUGCCUCAAUGUUACAUUGUCGUUAGAAUAGACGGGAAGAAGUUCCACGAGUUUUCAAAGUACUAUCAGUUUGCUAAGCCCAAUGACGAGCGUGCUUUGAAGCUUAUGAACGCAUGUGCUAAGAAUGUAGUCAGGAAAUACAGAACUGAUAUUGUGCUUGCAUACGGGGAGAGUGACGAGUAUUCAUUUGUUUUGAGGAAGGACACUAGUUUAUUUAACAGAAGAAAGGACAAGAUUGCGACGCUUUUCGUGUCGUUGUUCACGUCCAAUUACGUGCUCCUGUGGGCCAAAUUUUUUCCAGGGGUCGAACUGCACGCUAAGCAUCUGCCCUUCUUUGACUCUCGGUGUGUCUUGUACCCAAACUUACAGACCGUGAAGGACUACGUAAGUUGGAGGUACGUGGACACGCAUAUAAACAACUUGUACAACACAGCGUUCUGGAUGUUGAUCCAGGUGUGCAACAUGACGCCUAGAGAAAGUGAGCAGAAACUAUCUGGCACUGUCAGCAGUGAGAAACAAGAGAUCCUGUUCAAGGAAUGCGGGAUAAACUAUAACAAUGAACCGGAAAUGUACAAGAAGGGCACACUGAUCACAAAUAAAGGAGAGAUGAAGCACAUCGAUGUUAUCAAACAUCUCGAAGAACUGUUCCAUGGGAAUUGA